AUGGGUUUUCAUGAAACCUAUUUGACUUUAGAUGGAUUCAUGAUGCCGAAGCUGGAGGAUCAGGAUACAGCUUUGUUUAAAUUUUUUUUUCACCAACAGAAACAGGCUAUUACAAGUUAUAGUCAUUUUUUAGCAGAAACACGGAGGUUAUCCGAGGGAAAACACAACCAAUUCCACAAGCGAGUAAUGUCUUCCACGUGGACAAGUUUUCCUGCAAUAUUUAUCUUUUGUAGUAGCUCUUCCGGUAAAAGAAGGAUUAAUGUUGCAUGUGAGAAGCGAUUAACUCUACCACAACCCACACUUACGAAUGUCAUUACGAUGCCGACCACUAUCAGAAGAUCAGCAAAUUAUCGGCCUUCGUCAUGGUCCUAUGAAUAUGUUCAAUCGCUCGAUAGCAAAUACACAGGAGAAAAGUAUAUGGAAAAAUUUCGAGAUCUAAAAGAAGCAAGACUUGGCAUAUCAUAUCAUUUUGUGAAUGAAAUAAGAGAUGUCUUGGAGAAGAUAUACUCAAAUUACUUCAAAAGUCAUGACAAAUGGUCGAAAAUGGAUUUAAAUCUGAAAUCCCUUGGUUUUAGACUCUUACGACAGCAUGGAUAUCAUAUCCCUCAAGAGAUAUUUGAGGAUCUUAAGGAUGAGACUGGAAAUUUUAAGGGGCAUUUAUAUGAAGAUAUCGAUGGUAUGCUAAACUUAUAUGAGGCUUCCUAUCACUCAGUAGAGGAUGAAAGUAUUCUGGAUGAAGCUAGAGAUUUCACAAGAACACAUCUGAAAGAAAGUUUGGAGUACAAUAAUAUCUGUGAUGAUCAAAAUAUGUCGUCGUUAAUAAGUCAUGCAUUGGCUUUUCCACUUCAUUGGAGAGUUCCACGGAUGGAGGCUAAGUGGUUUAUUGAAGCUUACGAGAGAAGAAGUGGUAUGAAUUCCACGUUGCUUGAGCUUGCCAAUUUGGACUUCAACAUGGUACAAGCAAUACACCAACAAGAUUUGAAAAAAGCAUCAAGGUGGUGGAAAGAUACAUGCUGGGAGAAGUUCAGCUUUGCUCGUGAUCAUUUGGUGGAGAGCUUUAUGUGGAGCAUCGGUCAAAAUUGCAUGCCUCACUUUCAAGGAAGGGGAACUCUCACAAAGGUUUUUGCCAUGAUAACUACAAUUGAUGAUGUCUAUGAUGUGUAUGGUACUUUAGCUGAACUUGAUCAAUUCACGGACAUUGUGAACAGGUGGGAUGUUAAUGUGAUCGAGGAACUUCCUGAUUAUAUGAGAAUAUGCUUCCUCGCAUUGUACAACUCGAUCAAUGAGAUAUCAUAUAGCACACUGACAAAUCAUGGAUUCUUUGUACUUCCCUACCUUAAAAAGACGUGGCAGGAUUUAUGCAACUCUUACCUAGUAGAAGCAAAAUGGUACAAUAAUGGAUAUAUACCAACAUUGAACGAGUUCCUUAACAAUGCAUAUGUAUCAAUUGGAGCGGGUGUAGUCGUCAUGCAUGCCUAUUUGUUAACAUUAACGAGAGUUACCCAUGAGGAAUUGCAAGAAAUAGGAAGAGCUGAAAAUAUAAUUCGCCAUGCAUCAGUUAUCGUGCGACUCACUAAUGACUUGGCCACAUCAUCGGAAGAGCUGGAAACGGGCGAUGUUCCAAAAUCUAUCCAGUGCUAUAUGCAAGAGAGUGGUGCCACAGAAGUGAAAGCAAGAGAACAUAUACGACUAUUAAUCUUAGAGACAUGGAAGAAGUUGAAUAAAGAACGCCAAACA